AUGGCUGCAAUUAAUCCGAUCAUACCUGGAUUUGCGCCAGAUCCCUCACUGGUUCUGGUCGAUGGCACUUACUUCCUUGUCAACUCGACAUUUCACCUGGAAGAAAAGAGCCACCUCGUCGCUACUGGUGGUCUUUACGCCCCCACUAUCCGACACCAUGAUGGCACGUUUUAUGUUGUUUGCACGAACGUGGUACACCAAUCCGUUGAUGGGUCAAACAACGAGCUACAAAACUUCGUCGUCUCAACCACGGACAUCUAUUCGAGCGACUGGAGUGACCCAGUGUACUUCGAUUUCUACGGCAUCGAUCCGAGCCUCUUCUUCGACGCGGAUGGCAAAUCAUAUCUUUGUGGCUCCAAAUCACCUGGCCCAGAAACUAAGAUCAUGCUCUUCGAGAUCGACGUAACCACUGGAAAGAAGUUGACAGAUGAGAAGGAAUUAUGGCAUGGUACAGGCGGCAUAUACCCCGAGGGUCCACACAUAUACCGACGCAACACAUUCUACUACCUUAUGAUCGCCGAAGGCGGUACACACGAAGGCCAUAGCGUAACCAUGGCGCGGAGUAAGAACAUCUGGGGUCCCUACGAACCAUCUCCCCUGAACCCCAUUCUGAGCGCAGCCGGUACGGACGAAUAUGUUCAAGCCACCGGGCACUGCGAGGCCUUCGAAGACAAGCACGGAACAUGGUGGGCCGUAUGUCUAGGAAUCCGACAAGCAGCUCCUGACCUCUGGGGUCUCGGCCGCGAAACAUUCCUCACCCGAGGAACAUGGGACAAAAAAGGCUGGCUCAAAUUCUCGCGUGCGAAAAUGCAUCUCGCUGGGUUUAGAAAGGUGCAAGAAGAUGCGAGACUAACUGCUUCUCCGGGUACUGACUGGCUGUACAUCCACACCCCAGAUCUCUCUCGCUACCGCUUCUACGAAGAUAUUAUGGAGCUGACUACAACUCCGCACGACAUUGACGUACCAGAAGCAUCGCCCACAUUCAUCGGCAAGCGGCAACGCCGCAUCAACGGAAAAAGCAGCGCCACGAUCGUCACUUUUAGCCAGAAAACCCUUGCAUCCCCAUACGUCGCCAGCCUAGUCAUAUACAAAGACGAACACCGCUACCUGCGCGUCUUCUACGACUACAAAAGCCACACCGUCAAUAUGCAACUUGUGAAUAGAGCGCAAGGUAUCGAGCAUACGGAGACGACGGCGAGACUUGAAAGGAGGUUCUCCAGGCUGCGACUUGUGCUGACGUAUACGGAAUUGGAGUACACGGCGAGUUAUGAGAUGGAUGGGGGUACGGAGAGGAGGUUUGGGUGGGUGAACGCGAGGGAGCUAAGUGACAAGGAUUUUACGGGGCCAGUUAUUGGGUUGCAUGUUCAGAGUGCUUAUCAGACGGGACUGAGGAUUUCGUUCAAGGAGUUUAUGGUGGAUACUGCGUGA